GUCAAGACAGGAUAAGCUCAUUUGUUGCGGAGGGGCACCGUGAAAUUUGGAAAACAUGCAGGAGAAGCUGACCGAAACCCUGGCUCCCACUUCAUCAAGGGCGUCGUCGUUUUUUAUCGAGAACCUACUGGGCAAGGAGCGCAACGGGCAGGAAUCGUUGGCAAACAACAGUCGAGGGGAAGCUGGUGCGGAAACGGUCUGUGCCGGCCGAGUCCUGAACGCACAUCACGUCGACACGAGCGCUCCAGCGCCCCGUGGCACCGGCUCCGCAGCCUGGUCCCAACACAGAGACACGCCGUUGCACUGGUACCGCGGGGGGGCUAACUUGAACUUCAGAGCUUUGGAAACGCCGCACAGUCCAAGGGAUAAUCCAUGUUCAGAGGACCACUGCUGCUCCGUAACGACCAGCGACAGAGGUUCACCCGCCGUGUCCGAGCCGAUAACAGAGAGCAGCGACGAGACCGACCGGAAAACAGGGGACAGCAACCUGACGGACGACAACGAGGACGCGCAGCACGCUUUUGACACACGGCCGGAGCAAGAGACACCGUCUGACCCGAGCUCCACCCGGAAGAAGAAGACCCGGACCGUGUUCAGCCGCAGUCAGGUGUUCCAGCUGGAGUCCACUUUUGAUGUGAAGCGGUAUCUGAGCAGCUCGGAGAGAGCGGGGCUGGCAGCCUCUCUCCACCUGACAGAGACUCAGGUCAAAAUCUGGUUUCAGAACCGGAGGAAUAAAUGGAAGAGACAGCUGGCGGCGGAUCUAGAGGCGGCUCAUAUUCCAAACUCGGCCCAACGGAUUGUCAGGGUCCCCAUCCUGUAUCACGAGGGACCCGCACCCACUGCGGCACUGGGUUUCAACUUGACCGGUCAUCCCGUGUCUUCACCCGUUGCGGGCUUCUCCAGCUCCAUCAGCUACCCUCUGUCCUCGUUUGCUCACUCCAUGAGCAUGUUAAGAUCGCAGAUGACCGGGCUGGUGUAAAGACUGUUCAAGACCGAUAUAUCAAACUGUUUGUUAACAACAUCAAUUCACCCUGUGAAGAACGAAUCGUGCAAUAACCCACAAUGCCGCAGAAAACUGUCGACUGCAUCCAAAGAGCCGCAGAGACCGCGAUUAUAACACAAACUAAUGAAUCCUCCUUAUAUUUCUGUUCAUUAGCCUCUACAACAUUCUCUGCUCCCGUCACUGUAAAGACUAAAAUAACAGUCGAGCGUGGAAAGGCCGGGGGCCAUGGAGGCCCAAGGUGUUCAUGUAUUGUAUGUCUGA